AUGAAAGCACCUAACAAGUUUUUGCACAAUAAUGAAGAAACAUAUGCUUCCUUAAAUGAUUUCACUGAUGCAAUUGAAGCACUUCCUAUGGAUUUAACAAGGAAUUUUACUUUAUUACGUGAAGUUGAUGCAAAAGUUUCAAGUCUUCAACAUCUUAUAUCAUCUUCUAUUUCUAAUCUUUUAACAAACACAAAUUCAUUUCAAGAAACCAAAUCAAUAUCUAGUUCUAAAUUGCAGUCACUCCUUAUACAAAUUAUCCCUUAUGCAGAUGAGAAAAUUUCACUUGCAUCAUCAACUAGAGAUGCAGUAAAAAAACAUCUUAAACGUCUUGAUUUAGACUUUUCUCUUAUAGAAAAUGAGAUACCAGCUAUUAUUCGUCUCGGAUCAACUAGUCAUCCAGCAUUUUCCUCAAAUUCAAAUAUCUCUAGAUCAGAAACUCGAAAAGAAACAAUUGCAACUAGAAGAACAACUACAGAAGAACUCAAUAUUCCUAAUAAUUCCAGAGGAAAUCAUCGCGAAAAUUCUACUCCAAUAAGAAAAAAAAGAAUAUCACAUAUUAAUGGAGGAGCAACAUCACCACGAUUUGAUACACCGGAUAAAGAUAAAAAAAAGGGAGGUACAUAUGAAAAAAUUAAAUCAAGAGAUCAAAAUCAACAAUCACAAUUUCAAUUAAGAAGAGAACCUAUCAAAAAAAAAUUCAAAUCCAGGUUUAUUACUUUUUAUUAUAUAAUGUUUAAAAUUAACAUUUUAAUAUAUCCAAAUGAACCUACAUAUUGUUAUUGUGAUCAAGUCUCAUAUGGAGAAAUGGUAGCGUGUGAUGGAAAAAAAUGUCACCGAGAAUGGUUUCAUUUACCGUGUAUUGGCCUUCCAGAACCUCCUCAAGGAGAAUGGUAUUGUGAUGAAUGCGCUCUAGAAAAACAAAGUAAAGGACGGCGACCACGAAGAAAAAUAGGAUAA